AUGAGAUUCCUGAAAGGCCUUUUUUGUGCAUUUGGCCUAAUUAGCCUGGCAAGUGCGAAGGGUCUGUCAUGGAAGCUCGACCAGUCAUGUCAAACAGACGGCAUUGGUGACAUGGUCUCUAAUGCCGUUGGCAGUGCCUUUUCGAUGGCGAGCGAUGAGUACGACGUACUCAACAAGCUCCUCACCAAUCAAGAUCUGGGCGCGAACCAGGAAAAUAUUCGCAAUGUAGUGAAGUGGAUGUUUAUGAAAGAUGGCGAAGAGCCGAAUAACGCUCGACUGAAUCUACUCAAAACGCGUCUGAGCAUUCUCGUCAAGGCGAAGGAUCGUAAGGAUAAUGAGGAACCGGACGGAUCGACGAUCGUGGUGUAUUGUGGAUUCGACCGCUUCAAACCAACGCUUGAUGGUAGAUGGUAUGAUGAGGACCUCGAUGAGGUUCUCGAGAAGGACCAGGCAUUUGAGACAUGCAAAGGCAAUGAACCCACAGUGGCCUACACCUGGAAUUCCCCCAACAAGGACAAGCCACCCCAAAUUCAGAUCUGCCCAUGGUUCAUCAACUGGAUGAAAUCGGUCGAUACCCAUAGUCUGAAGGAUGCCCAGCCCAAAGCUCUGUUCUGGCGGGCAGUCAGCACGAGCCUGUCGAAGAUGCAUACGUUGCUGACGCCCAUUGAUGUGGACUCGUUGCUCGACAAAGUUAUUCUGCACGAGCUGACCCAUACACGCGUGGCAGGCGUGGCGGAGGAUGUUGACGGACCGAGCUUUGCAACGGUUAGGUAUGGGUGGAACAGAUGUCGGAAGUUGGCGCAGGAGGGAAGUGAUGACCCCGAACGGGAAUCACAGGUCAAUGCGGACUCGAUUGCGCUUUGUGGGUCUGCCAUUAGGUUUAUUAAGGAUGGCAGGGAGGUGAAAGAGAAUGGCGACGUGGUGUAG